AUGUUAAAAAUCCUUCUUGCAACUGCUAUACUAAUCCCCACCGCACUACUAAUUAAGCCAAAACACCUAUUUACCACCACAUCAGCAUACGCUAUACUUAUUACAUUUCUAAUACUUAAAUGGUUUGAACAACCACUUAACCAUAAACCGCAUUCAACCAACACACUAAUAAUACUAGAUAAUAUUACUACACCCUUAACAACUAUGUCUGCCUGAAUCCUACCACUUAUAAUUAUCGCAAGUCAACACCACCUAGUCACAGAGCCUGUCAACCGAAAACGUAUAUUUCUCGCAACCUGCGCCACACUACAGACAACCCUAAUUAUAACAUUCACCACAACAGAUCUCACCAUAUUCUAUAUUAUGUUUGAAAUAACCCUUGUGCCAACCUUGAUCCUAAUCACACGCUGAGGUAGCCAGGCCGAACGGCUUAACGCAGGAAUAUACUUCCUAUUCUACACCCUGACAGGCUCCCUCCCAUUACUAAUCGCUAUCUUACAUCUAUAUGUCAGCAAUGGACACACAACAAUGUUAUUGCUCGCAAUACAAAAUACACUAACCCCAAAUAUAACCAUAAUCAUAUGACUUGCCUGUAUAAUGGCAUUCAUAGUAAAAAUACCACUUUACGGCCUCCACCUCUGACUUCCAAAAGCGCACGUAGAAGCACCAAUUGCAGGGUCUAUAAUCUUGGCCGCUGUACUUCUAAAAUUGGGCGGCUAUGGGAUCAUCCGGAUGAUCCCACUAGCGCCCCAAAUAACACAAACCAUAUAUUUUCCCUUUAUUGUUUUAAGCCUAUGAGGUAUAAUCAUAACAAGUCUAAUCUGCCUACGACAAACAGACCUAAAAUCAAUUAUCGCCUACUCCUCUGUCAGUCACAUAGGCCUUGUAAUUGCCGCAACCCUCAUUAAUACCCCAUGGAGCACGGCCGGGGCAAUAAUUCUCAUAAUUGCCCAUGGGCUAACUUCCUCACUACUGUUUUGCCUUGCAAACACCAACUAUGAGCGCACACAUACACGCACCCUACUAUUAACUCAGGGCCUAUUAUUUAUCCUACCACUUAUAACAAUGUGAUGAUUAGUCGCCAGUCUUAUAAACAUGGCCCUUCCACCAACAAUCAACCUUCUAGGAGAAUUAAUAAUCCUUAGCUCCCUAUUUAACUGAAACACAACAACAAUCAUUUUAACUGCUACAACAACACUUAUCACCGCAACUUAUUCACUGUACAUUUUUAUCACAACACAACGCGGCACCCCCUUACCCAACAAAGUCCUAACCCCCACACACACGCGUGAGCAUCUAUUAAUAACCCUACACCUGGUUCCACUUACUUUGCUUAUCACCAACCCAGCACUAAUAUUUUA